AUGAUGCGCCAAAGUAUUAGACCCUUGCGGGCUUUCUCGUCCGAGGUGUCAUGGAUUGCCCGCCGAACACAGGCCUCACUGGCUAAGCCGGAAGAUCUGACCCCAAACAAAGUGGAGGAGUCACAACCAGAAAAAGCUCCUGAACUUCGAUACCCUCGCUCCAUCCAGGCUCUACACCUCAAGCCUCUAAAGCGCGAGGCCGAGCACGGCAUCCCCUCAUGCGACCUUCAGCUCCGAUCCUACAGCGUCCAGCCUCUCGAAUUCUUCUCCGACUUUGCCCUCCGCGCCGCCUACUACCUCGGCCUGCCCGCCUACGGCCCCGUGCCUCUCCCCCGCAUCACAGAGCGUUGGACCGUCCCCCGAGACAACUUCAUCUUCAAGAAGUCGCAGGAGAACUUUGAGCGAAAGACGCUACGACGGCUUAUACAGAUCCGCGACGGUAACCCCGAGACGGUGCAGCUGUGGCUGGCGUACCUGCGCAAGCACCAGCUCUACGGCGUGGGAAUGAAAGCCAACAUGUGGGAGUUUAGCGAGCUGGGCGUCGGUAAGAAGAUGGAUGCGCUGCCGGAGGCGGAGAAGGGUGAGAUUGAUGCCAAGUGGUCGCAUCUUGGACAGACGAAGACGAUUGGCACGGUGGAAAAGGUUGAGGAGUUGCUUAACCAGCGGAGGUUCCGUGAGGCUGCUGGCUUGAGGGUCCCUCCUACGACGAGCGUGUAA